AUGCAUCUUUCCGUUCCGUUCGUCGUUACUCUUGCCGCUCUCUUGCGGUUGUGUUACGGUGCAGCCUUCACACCACCAAGCUGCAUCGGCGACAUCACAGAAUUCCCAAACUGCGAGAAAGUCGAUUUCUUGACGAAGAAUUGCAAGGGCCAGUUCCGGCAAUGUGCUCUCGGCAACACAUUCGACAGCGACUCGGACGACCAGAUCGCCGCAUGGCAGGACGCGUGCGGCCCGUACCUGGCGAAAGGCGUCACAACGCCCGUGGCCCCCGCCGCGACGAGAACGCUGGACGUGGACAGCUGUAAGGGCGCCGCCGAGAGCUGCGCCCAGCUCAGCCAGUCCACCACCUCGUGCUCGUCGGCGUACACCAAGCCGGCGGAGCUCACGAGCUGCCGGUGCCAAGCGUCGCUGGUCUCCCUCGCAUCCGCCUGCUAUCCUGACGGGCAUCAGUCUUGCAGGGGGGAUACUGCGACGACGAGCAAGGUUUGGGAGUUUCAACACUGCGCUGCCGCUACGGGCGUUUUGCAGAAACCAAAGGACACAAGUCCCAUCAAGUCUGCGGCAGACACUUCUACCGCGAAGAAUGAGGCGACUAAUACUUUGGUUUUCGGACCGGAAGCCACUGCUACAGAGACUACCUCCGAUGGAACGCAGGUCAGGUACUACAGUGUUGUUUGGAGGGUAAUUGUCAUGCACGUUCCAGUACUUCUCUAUCUACUGGUGGGGUAG